AUGAGAUUAUUGAAUAUUCUGAGUAUAUUACUAAUUGCAACAACUGUUAGUGCUAAUCAACUUCUUGCAGAUUCAUUUAGUGACAAUGUGGUGUACUUUGAUACUCCUAUGAAGGAGGAUGAACCUAAAUUGAAAGAUAUGUGGGAUGGGUUAUGGCCGUUUCAAGGCAUAAAUACCUUUGCUCAUUUAGAGCAUGAUAAGUGCUUACUAGAUCCCGCAUUAGAGUAUGAUAUUGGAAUUAUUGGUGUACCGUUUGAUACAGCUACUUCAUAUAGACCUGGUGCUAGAUUUGGUCCAAGAGCAAUUAGAGCAGCUUCGCAGAGACAGACAUCGCUUAGAGGAUAUAACCAAAGAGCGGACUUUAACCCUUAUACAUCAUGGGCAAAAAUUUUGGAUUGUGGAGAUAUUCCUGUGACGCCAAUGGAUAAUUCAUUAGCAUUUAAACAAAUGAAUAAAGGGUUUGAAGAAUUGAUAGCACGCCGUAAUUCUAAAAACUCUACAUCAACUCCUCCCAGGUAUGUUAUAUUAGGAGGUGAUCAUUCUGUAUUAUUACCACAUUUACGAGCAUUGCAUGAAAUUUAUGGAAAGAUUAAUAUUCUUCACUUUGAUGCCCAUUUGGAUACAUGGGGUCCAGAUAAAUAUCCAUCGUUCUGGCAUUCCAAACAAGCAGAGCUAAAUCAUGGUUCUAUGUUAUGGAAGGCUAAUAAAGAAGGUCUUACAAGUCAAACUAAUGUUCAUGCUGGAGUGAGAACUAAGUUGUCAGGUAUCCAAGACUACGUCGAUGAUGAUGACCAGAAUUUCACUAGAAUUACAGCAGAUGACAUAUGGAUAAAAGGGGUACAAUAUGUCGUAGAUAAGAUCUUAGAUACUAUUCCUCAAGACACCCCGACGUACUUAUCGGUGGAUAUAGAUGUAUUGGAUCCAGCAUUUGGGAGUGGAACAGGAACCCAAGAACCUGGUGGAUGGCUACCAAGAGAAUUAAUAUAUAUUUUGAGGUCUAUUGAAAACUUGAGCAUAGUUGGUGCUGAUAUAGUUGAGGUUUCACCUGCAUUUGAUACAGCAGAAAUUACUGCCACUAAUGGGGCACAGGUAGUAUUCGAGGUUUUGACAAGUAUGGUUAAAAAAGGAAGUUUGGCCCAUUUGGUGAAAAAUAAUAAUCCUAAAGAUUUAUUAGAAAUUAAGUCUAACAAUGACGCAAAGUCAACCCAAUACCUUGAUAAGCAGGAGAUUAAUAAAUUAAUUGAAACUAAGUUGAAGGAGUUUGAAGAAAUUAAAUUUAACUUAUUGAGUGAAAUCGAACAGUUAAAGUCAACACAAUGA